UUUCUGAUCCAUAUGCCGCUUUUGUUUGUUCAUAGGGAGUCAUCAAGCUUUGGUGUAUGUGUUGGCCAGUUCUGACAUCUCCUUGAAGGAGUGCUGCAUUGAGGAAGAUCAAAACAAGAUUGUUUGCAAAUUUUAGGGAAUGGACCGUUUGGGUUCCUUUAGCAAUGAUCCCUCUGAUAAGCCACCUUGCCGCGGCUGCUCCUCCUACCUCAUGGAGCCUUAUAUCAAGUGUGCUGAAUGUGGGCCACCUCCUUUUUUCCUCUGCUUACAGUGUUUCACUCGAGGAUUUGAGUACAAGAAACAUCAGAGUGAUCAUACUUAUGAGAUCAUGACCUCAGAUUUUCCUGUUCUUGACCCCAGCUGGACUGCUCAAGAAGAAAUGGCCCUUUUAGAAGCUGUGAUGGACUGUGGCUUUGGAAAUUGGCAGGAUGUAGCCAAUCAGAUGUGCACCAAGACCAAGGAAGAGUGUGAGAAGCACUAUAUGAAGCAUUUCAUCAAUAACCCUCUGUUUGCAUCUACCCUGCUGAACCUGAAGCACGCGGAGGAGGCGAAAACUGCUGACACAGCCAUACCAUUUCAGUCUACAGAUGACCCUCCCCGACCUACUUUUGACUCCUUGCUUUCUCGGGACAUGGCAGGAUACAUGCCAGCUCGAGCAGAUUUCAUCGAGGAGUUUGACAAUUACGCAGAAUGGGACUUGAGAGACAUCGAUUUUGUUGAAGAUGACUCGGACAUUUUACAUGCUCUGAAGAUGGCUGUAGUAGAUAUCUAUCAUUCCAGGUUAAAGGAGAGACAAAGGCGAAAAAAAAUUAUAAGAGACCAUGGAUUAAUCAACCUUAGAAAGUUUCAGUUAAUGGAACGGCGGUAUCCCAAGGAAGUCCAAGACCUUUACGAAACAAUGAGGCGAUUUGCAAGGAUAGUGGGGCCAAUGGAGCACGACAAGUUCAUUGAAAGCCACGCAUGUAGGUGCUUUUUAAGCCUUGCACAAGUGUGUGUGUGUGUGUGUGUUGAUAUAAAUAGGAGAGAAAAUGGUAUGUUUUAGGUGAAGUUCUAUAAAUAA